CCCCGGCACACCAUCCGCAGUGACAAGCAGGCGCUCCUCGCCUUCCGGAAGGCUAUUGUAUUGGACCCUGAUUCGGUUCUUGCCAAUUGGAAUGAGGGAACUGCUGUCUGCAACUUCACCGGAGUGACGUGCGGCGUCAGGCGCCACCGUGUGGUGAUGGUGAAUCUCAACGGCUCUGGCCUCGCCGGAGUGCUGUCUCCCGUGCUCUCCAAUCUCACGCAGCUCCGUUACCUGAAGCUUGUCGACAACCGUUUCUUUGGCACCAUUCCUGCCGAGCUUUCGUUGCUGGCGAACCUCAGGGAGCUCAAACUCAGCAACAAUAAUCUGCAGGGGGAGAUUCCAGGGUCCCUGUCGUUGCUCUUCGAGCUGCGGUUGAUUUUCCUGAAUGCAAACAUGCUCAAUGGCACGAUACCGCCAGGCCUGUUCGGGAACUGCACGCGCCUGAAGAAUGUGGAUUUGUCGCAGAAUGAAUUGACGGGGAGGAUCCCGGCAGAGAUCGGAAACUGUCCUGAACUGUGGAAUCUCAACUUGUUCAGCAAUAGGUUAGUUGGAGGAAUUCCAGGUUCAUUGGGCAAUGCCUCAGGUAUGCAUAACUUGGAUUUAGAGAACAACGAUAUUACCGGCGAACUGCCAUCAGAAAUGCUUGCAAAGUUUCCCGACCUGUUGUUUCUUCACUUAUCGGAUAACCAUAUGGUUAGCCACGACGAUAACACUAAUCUUGCGCCAUUUUUUACGGCCCUGGAAAACUGCAGUGCAUUGGAGGAGCUGGAGAUGGCUGGGCUGGGACUUGGAGGGAGUUUUCCCAGUUCCAUUGGAGUGCUCGGAAACUCUCUGCUGACUUUUCAGUUUCAGGAAAAUCAGAUAUGCGGGUCGAUUCCCCCUGAAAUCGGAAAUAUGUUGUACUUGAGCCUCCUGAAUCUGACUUCCAACUGUUUGAAUGGAAGUAUUCCAGCAGAAAUUGGUAAAUUGUCUUUAUUGGAACAGCUUUCCCUGUCACACAAUUUCUUUACUGGAAUGCCUGCUGCUUUGGGAAAUCUAUCGAGCAUCGGAUUAAUGGAUUUGUCGCACAACAGCUUGUCUGGAGAGAUUCCUCAAGAGUUGGGAGAUCUCAGAAGAAUAACCUUUUUGUUCCUCAACAACAAUCUUCUGUCAGGGAACAUUCCUGCCAGCAUAGGCAAUUGUAUUUCCCUGCAAACUCUGGAUCUUUCUUACAACAGACUGACGGGAAAGGUGCCUUCGACAAUAACCGGAUGGCAUGAAAUGAGAAUGUCUCUUAAUCUUUCACACAAUCAGCUAGGAGGACUACUGCCAAUUGAACUGAGUAAGCUGUCAAGUGUUGAAGAGAUUGACCUGUCAUCGAACAACUUUGUAGGAAAUGUCUUCAGCAUGAUUUCAAGCUGCUACGCCGCCAAGCUGAUAAACUUCUCUAAUAACUCCAUCGAUGGAAAACUUCCAGAUACCAUAGGUGAUCUCAGAAGUAUUGUUGCAUUUGACGUUUCACAUAACAGAUUGUGGGGACAGAUCCCAUCAAGCUUGAAUAGAAGCAGCACCCUGAGGUUCCUGGAUUUUUCAGACAAUGAUUUUUCUGGAGAGAUUCCCACUGGAGGAAUUUUUCAGAACCUCACAAGUUCAUCUUUCUUGAACAAUUCACGUCUUUGUACCUCUACCCCUAUCUACCUGGGGAUACCAAACUGCAGCCACAAACGACCCUAUUUUCGUUCCCGUCUUUUCCUGAUCAUAUUCUGCAUUGUCAUAUUCAUAUCAGGCUUCAUCUCAACUAUCUGUUGUGUGAUUGGAUGCCAGCGCCUAAGAGUGAUCAUUUUAUCCAGAAAAUCAAGGAAAGAGAGGAAGCAGCCACCUCAUUUGACACAAAAUUUUCCUAGAAUCACCUAUAAAGAGCUGUUAGAAGCCACAGAAGGAUUUGAUGACCACAGGCUUGUUGGAUCAGGCAGCUACGGCCGUGUGUACAGAGGAUCUCUUCCAGAUGGAACACAAAUAGCUGUGAAGGUACUAACUCUGCAAACAGGAAAUUCCACCAAGAGUUUCAACAGAGAAUGUCAAGUGUUGAAGCGAAUACGCCACCGGAAUCUUAUAAGAAUCAUCACAGCAUGUAGCUUGCCGGAGUUCAAAGCCCUGGUUUUGCCAUAUAUGGCUAAUGGAAGCCUAGAUGCCCGACUGUAUCCCCACGUAGAAAAUGAUCUGCGAUCAGGGUCUUCCGACCUAAAUCUAGUUCAAAGGGUAAACAUUUGCAGUGACAUUGCCGAAGGUAUGGCUUAUCUGCACCACCAUUCCCCUGUAAAAGUCAUACACUGUGACCUGAAGCCGAGCAACAUUCUACUCAAUGAUGAUAUGACAGCUUUAGUAUCGGACUUUGGGAUCGCAAGGCUAGUUAUGACCAUUGAAGCAGGAAACGGUGGGGGGCUUACAAAUAUAAGCAACUCCACGUCCAAUAUAUUAUGCGGAUCCGUUGGUUAUAUUGCACCAGAAUACGGGUUUGGGUUGAGUACAUCGACAAAGGGAGAUGUUUACAGCUUCGGAGUGUUGGUCCUGGAGAUUGUCACCAGAAAAAGGCCGACGGAAGAGAUGUUCAGAGAAGGGCUAAACCUGCACAAGUAUGUCAAGAAUCAUUAUCACAGGCAAAUGGAAAAUGUUGUAGAUGCAUCACUGGUUAGAGCAUUAAAGGAUCUAUCGCCUGAGGUAAGGAAAAUGUGGGAAGUGGCCAUUGGAGAAUUGAUUGAACUGGGGAUUGUGUGCACACUGGAGUCCCCAGGAAUGCGGCCAACAAUGCUCGAUUGUGCUGACGACUUGGAUCGCCUCAAGAGGUACUUGGAUGGAGAUACUACAGCAACAUUUUCAUCUUCUCUUGGAAUAUCAUCUUCAACUUUCAGUGAUUGUUAAUAUGAUAACAGGAGUGUGUAUAUACAUGCAUUCUGGUAGUUCUGCAUUCAUCUGAUUGCUGUAUAAUAGUGUUACUAAACAGCUUUCGAUUUCAAGCCUAUCUCUAAAUCUAUUGAAAUUGCUCAAUAUGAAAAACAUACAAAAACUUUGAUUUCAUGUUCCUUCUUAGAACAUAUCUUAAUUGACAUCCUUGAUUUCAAAUUCAUGUCAUAGC